UAAAUAUAUAUUCAUUUGGUUCUUUCUCUAUAUAUAAAUCAUCAUCUGUUGUCAAUCGUAUUAAGUACUUUACCCUUUCUUCUAAUUUCUCAAAAUUAAUCACAACACAUACAUGGCUUUCUUUCUUUUCUUUUUCCUCUUCUUUCUUGCUUCAUCAGCCACCGCUUGUGAUCGUUGUGUGCACCAAUCCAAGGCUUCCUAUUUCUCCAAAGUUUCUGCUCUCUCAUCUGGGGCAUGUGGGUAUGGUUCUUUAGCAUUGGACUUUAGUGGUGGACAACUUGCAGCUGGUGUUUCUUCACUUUUCUAUGAUGGAGCUGCUUGUGGUGCUUGCUUUCAGGUAAGAUGCAAGAACCAAGGUUUAUGCACAAAAGAAGGUACAAGAGUGGUAUUGACUGAUCUUAAUCACAAUAAUGAAACUGACUUUGUUCUAAGUAGUAGAGCCUUCAAGGCAAUGGCUCAAAAGGGUAUGAGCCAACAAAUUUUGAAGCUUGGCAUUGUUGAUAUUGAAUAUAAGAGAGUACCUUGUGUGUACAAAAAUCAGAAUUUGGCUUUUCGUGUUGAAGAGUCAAGCAAAAAACCAAAUUAUUUAGCAAUUAAAUUUUUGUAUCAAGGAGGUCAAACGGAGAUAGUAGGUGUUGAUGUUGCUCAGGUUGGAUCUUCAAAUUGGAGUUUCAUGAGUAGGAAUCAUGGGGCAGUGUGGGACACAAGUAGGGUUCCAGAAGGGGCAUUGCAAUUUCGGUUAGUGGUUACAGCAGGGUAUGAUGGAAAAUGGAUUUGGGCACAAAAAGUUCUUCCAGCUGAUUGGAAAAAUGGGGUGAUAUAUAAUUCUGAUGUUCAAAUUACAGACAUUGCACAAGAGGGUUGUUCAUCAUGCGAUGAUGGGACAUGGUCAUGAUUCUAUUGCUUAAGUGUUCAAUAACCCACAUAACAUAUACAUAUACAUAUAUAGAUAUAGAUAGCUUUAGUUUUAUUCAUACUGUGUAUUAUAGGCUUACAAACCAACUCGUGUAAUACAGAAAUCAUGAAGUAGCUUUAAUAAAAUUGAGAUGUGUUCUCUCUUUUUUGUGUGAAA